AUGCUCCUUCUGCUGCUCUCUCUUGUGGAGCUCGCUCGCUGCCAAGCAACCACACCGCUGUCCCUUGCUCCGCAGCAGGCUGACCUCGGCUCCUUCGACCUCGCCAACUCGCUCCCGCCGCCGGCGUACAGCGUGCAUGCGACCACCCUCGCCCAACUCCCGCCUGAAUGUGCGGCAGUGACCCCCUCCACAACGCUGCCCUCGGACAUUGGAAACUUCUCCGCUUCCUGCAGCGCAGAAAUGACCGCCCUUAGUGUCACGCUUGAGGACUGUGACACACCCUACAUAAUCUGCCGUUGCGCCGAUGCGGAGAUGGCGAUGGACGCACUCGUCGACCGCCUCGCGCGCGUACCUGUGGGGCUGCGGCGGUAUGCCGGCACCGUCAUCGCCCUUGCAGCCACGGUCCCCGGACCGAGCGCAGUCACCAUGAGCGGCGCAAGUGGUGGGGCGUCCGCGACGUUCUGCUUCGGAGACUGUACUAUGAAUGUGUGGAUACACGAGAUGACGCAUGCGCUUGAUAUGGCAGAUCCCGGGUCAGCUGGCUGGCAGUCCAGCGCCAUUGGUUGGAGUAAUGCACUAGCUGCAGAUACGUGCGUCCCGGACACAUAUUCCCAGACGAAUGCAAUCGAGGAUUUUGCGCAGGUCAGCGUGCUGCUGAUCUACAAAUUGCUCAACGGGGGCCUCCCGCCGGGCUUCUACGAGGAUUGCAUGAAGCACCAGCUGGCGUACCUGUCUGCGAUGACGCCAUACAAUGAUUCAAGUUUGUUAUUUGGGAACGACUGUUCCAUCGGACCACUAGCAACACAUAGUAGUCCGCCGGACGUCCUUGACCCAACCAGACAAUUCAACAGCAGCGGCGAGGGUGCAGCUCCCGAUCCUCCGUCCAAGGCUUUGGGUUCUGGAGCUUGUCGUCCAGCGACUAGUACUACGAUGGUCCUAUUCUUGCAACUUGGGGGGAAUUGUCUUCUUGUUUCUAAUAUAAACAAGUUACAUUUGGAUAUUCGAUCAACGCUAGACAAAUAA